ACUCAACUGUAUUGUCUUGGGCGAUGAUCCUUACCGUAUUUUCUCAGCCAACGUUGCGCAGACGCAGACUGUUGGUGACCUCAGAGACGUUAUCAAAGACAAGAAGAAGCCAGAAUUUGACCAUAUUGAUGCUGACCAUCUCGAGCUAUGGCGGGUCGACCUGCCUGUCGACGAGACGAUCGAGCACAAUCUUAACAAUCUUACACUUGACACAAAGGAAUCCCUAUCACCUGUGGAUGAAAUGCUCGAUAUUUUUGAAAAUGCUCCUCAGUAUAAGCAUCUGCAUAUUGUUAUACGGGUCUUACCUGCCAUGUCUUUUGGACCUAUCCACCUCAGACUUAACUGUAUUGUCUGGGGCGAUGAUCCUCGCCAUGCAUUUGAGAUCAAGAUUGCACCGACAGAGAGUGUCAGCACCCUCCAAAAGGUUAUCAAAGAACAGAAAAAGCAUAAAUUGGAUGGUGUCGAUGCUAAGGCUCUCAAGCUAUGGAAAGUCAAGAUCGAUUGGAACGACCUACACUUACUCGACACGAUCGGAGACCAAGGCGUGGAGUUGAAACCGUUAACCAAACUGUCCGAAGUAUUCACGGAUGGACUAGAGCGCGGAUGUGUUCACGUCGUCAUACAACACAUUCCAGCUGUAGGUCGACGACUCGCUUAUCUCAAGAAGAGCGCAGGUACUCCGGCAGUUGGCGCAAUACCGUCCGCAUUCUCUAUAAAGCAGGACGAGCAAGAGUACCUUUGCAAUCGUCCUCGCAGAGCUGCAGACCCUGUUCCAGUUACUCUUCUCGAACCUAUCUUCGCCAAGUUUGUGGAUGAUUGUCAAAAUCAUCAACCAACUGUCUGCGAUAAUGACUUUGUUUGGCAACUUUCGCAAAUUACGUCUUCCUUUCAUUCCGAUGAGCUCACGCGGAUGCUUGUAUUCCGGCAAGUGCUCUGCGACUUCGUUGGCUCGACAAAAUUUACGACAGACGGACAUCUUUUGUCCACCAGCGGACAGUUUGUGCAGGUGAUAUUGGAGGUGAGGAACGAGAUCGGAAGCGGCGCUACCGAACCAUUCACGGAGGCAAUGUUGUACUACCGCAAGUUUAUGGAAGACUCGAAGAUUGAGAUAGUGAAGCUCCGGUCUGUCAUUCCAUGCAUCCAUAUCAUUGUCUUCGGGGCAUGCAUUGGCUUUGCAGGCUCUGUUUUCACAGAAAAGGUCCAGUCUGAUGUCCUGGUCCCUAUCAUUCCUCUGUUUUGGCAUUCAACAGACCUCAAUAUGCAAGUGAUGGCAGCUCGUACUUUCGGGGCUCUCAAAAUCGCCAUCGAGAAACUCACAAAUCUGUACUCUCAUCCAAUUCCAUCCCUCGAACCCAAAGAUCCACCUCUAGGAUGUCCUUAUCCUCGGAGUUAUACCAAGUCAACCGGUCACAUUCAAGAAUUCUCGUAUGAUGAGACUCAAGUCCUCAGGGAUAAACUUAUCUUCUUCGGGGAAACCGUCGGCGAUGCGGCUGGGAGCAAGAUAUGUAUCAAGUUCGUCAGGCACUAUUCCCCUGAAGCCCACGAAUUCUGUGCCAGCAAGGGGCACGCUCCCAAACUUAUCGCCUACAAUCCUUUACCCGGCGGCUGGAAUAUGGUGAUUAUGGAUGUCAUUGAUAUUGAUAAGGAUUACUUCUCGCAACGGCCUGGCUCAUAUCGACUGCUCAGUGAGAUAGCUGUUUUGGACCGCCAGCCGCUGAAGGAGGCCAUCACCUCUCUCAUCCGGGAGUUACACAAUUACAAUGGUGGCUACGUCCAUGGCGACCUUCGGGAUACCAAUUUCGUUGUGAGAGACAAAAAACACUUCAUGCUGCUCGAUUUCGAUUGGGCUGGACCGAUACAGAAGACCCGUUAUCCUAUGCUUGUUAAUCGGAUAGAUAUUCGGCGUCCUGAUGGUGCGCGGGAUGGGAAGAAGAUUGUGGCGGAGCAUGACUUGGAUAUGCUAAAUUAUCUAUUUCAUUCUGAGCAAGAUGGUCAGGAGCCGGCUGCAAAGCGCCGUUGUAUAUAUUUCAAUGGCCAUUUUAUUCAUUCAUAGCAUCGUUGUAUCACCAAACGUCUAAUUUCUUACAUACAAGGACACGCCUUCGGUCUUAUUUUCGACGACAAAUUAUAUUUACAGUAGCAAGUGAGAAAAUAUGAUAUUUGCACAGUCCUGUU